AUGAUACCGUCCCCAACUGAAGGAUUCUACGUCCUCGACAAGUCAUCUCAAGACCCGCAACUUAUCCUCGGCCCAUUUCAGGGCAAGGUGGCUUGCCAGACCAUUAAGUUCGGCAAGGGCGUCUGCGGUACAGCGGCAGCAACUCAUGAGACACAACUGGUUCGAGAUGUGGAGGAGUUCCCUGGACACAUCGCCUGUGACGGAGAUAGUAAGAGCGAGAUCGUUGUGCCUAUUCUCGUUGCUCAGGACGACGGUACCAAGAAGCUGGUGGCUAUCAUUGACAUUGACUGUGCUGAACUGAAUGGAUUUGAUGAGGUCGACAAGGCACAUCUGGAACAGCUUGCGGCUCUGCUCGCCACGAGCUGUGACUGGUAG